AUGCCUCCGAAGAAGCGCGCCGCCUCUUCAAAGAAGUCGCCAUCGUCGCAGCCGUCGCAGCCCGCCAAGUUCGGCAUCCUCCACUUCUUCGAGCGCCAGACCCAGGCCUCCCAGAAUGCCAAGCGCCAGAAGCCCGACCCCCCUCCGCCCCCGCCGCCUCCUCCUCCUCCUCCGCCGCCGCCCGAGGUGGAGCCAUCGGAGGUCUCGCCGGAGGUCACCAAGGCGCUGGCGCCGAAGCGGGUCAGGUUUUCUCCCGGAAUGUUGAUUAAGCAGAGCCAGGAUGAUGGGGCCGCGGAGGUGGUGACUUGGAAGGUCUCGCCGAAAAAUUCCUCGCUCGAGGCUAUGAAGAAGUGGCAUUCAUCUCCAUUGGGCUUGUCGAGGUGUACUGCUUCAGGGCGUAAUUCAGGCGUUAUUGGAUCUGCUCUAGCUGGCUGUGAUGGUGUUGAGGAUUCUCAGAGCCCAUUUCGGACUCCGCCAUCGCUUUCCUAUGGUUGCAGUCAGCACUUGAACGGUGGUGCCACUUCUGAGGGAGGACUUGAACCGUUGGGAGCAGGGCAGCACAAAAAGGCAUUACUUGAUCUUUUAGAUCAAGUUGAGGAUGCUAUUAUGGAAGAAGAAUUGCCUGUUGAUACUGGAAAUAAAGGAGGGCAAGCCAUAAACGAGGAUAAUACCAACAAUAGUUGUUCUCCUGUUGCUGAUGGUGAUUUAACUUUCCCAUCCGAGAAAACUGCUGAUGCCCCACCCUUGCAUAGUUUUCUUGUAUUGGAGGUGUCAGAAAAACAUAAAACUGAUGAUUCAGCAUGUGAUCGCUAUCCUGUUAAGGUCCUGCGCCUGUUGAAUGAACACUCUGGGAAAGAAUGUGCUGUGCAUUUGUUUGAUGAGUGGUUCCAUAGUCUUGUUGGGCCUGGUGAUACUGUGAAUGUCAUUGGAGAAUUCAUUGAUCAAGGAAAAUGUAUUGUUGAUCAUGACAACAAUCUUGUUAUCGUCCAUCCUGAGUUACUCAUUUCUGGGACACGGGUUGCUUCCAGCUUUCAUUGUCCUAGAAGAUCUGUACUGGAUGACAGGCUCAAAAGCAAUGAAUAUUCAACCAGUGCCUUGAUUGGUACUCUUCUUCAUCAAGUCUUUCAGGCUGGGCUACUUGAGGAUUCUCCUUCACGGCAAUUCUUGGAACAGCAAGCAAAAGAAGUUCUUCUAAAAAACAUUGAGAGUUUAUAUGCAUGUGAAGUCAAUGAAAGCAACAUGUACUCCACGCUUAUUGAAGCAAUCCCUAAGAUAUUAAACUGGCUCAAAUGCUUUUUAAAGGGUUCAAAAUGCUCCAGUGUUGAUUUUGGACAUACUGAAGGGAGAAAGACUGUUGGGGUGACUGAGGUGAUGGAUAUUGAGGAAAUGGCAUGGGCCCCAAGAUAUGGUUUGAAAGGGAUGAUCGAUGCUUCUGUAAUAUCAAGGGUCGACUCUUGCAACGGUGGCUCACAUGAUAAAAUAAUGCCACUAGAGUUCAAAACUGGUAAAGGAACUAGUGGUCAGACAGCUAUGGAACACUCUGCUCAGGUGAUAUUGUACACACUAUUGAUGACAGAGAGAUACUUGAAUAAAGAUAUUGACUUGGGUCUUCUGUAUUAUCUUCACACAGACCAGACAUUGGGAAUUAAAGUAAAGAGGUCUGAUUUAAUUGGGCUAAUAAUGCGGCGCAACGAGCUUGCCACAGAGAUCCUAAAGGCAUCAAUUUCACAGAGUUUUCCUCCAAUGUUACAGAGCCCAUCAACAUGUAAUGGAUGUCGACACCUGAACUCUUGUGCCAUAUACCACAAGGCACAUGGAGGCAAUGCUGCAACUAGCGGGCUUGGUGAUCUAUUUGACAACCUUGUGAAUCACUUGACAGUCGCGCAUCAUAACUUUCUUAAACAUUGGGAUAGAUUGAUUGAUCUCGAAGCUAGAGCUUCUCAGGUCAAAAAGAAGAAUAUUUUCCAGCCCUAUCAUUCAAAUUCUGGGAGCAGGGAUUGCACGCCAUCUUAUUUUGCCCUCGACAUAAAAAAUGGGCAUUUGAUAGAUUCUUCGGGAAAAUGCAAAAGAUACAUAUACAAUUUUGUCUACCAUAAGAUGCCGCCUGAAACAAUUGAUCAGUCAAACGCUCAAUUUGACAGCCUAGAUUUCAGCCUCAAAUGUGGUGAUCCUGUGGUGCUUAGCACUCAAUCUGGGAGAAUAGCAGUUGCAAAUGGAUCCAUAAGAGACAUCAGUCGCUCCCAUAUAACGGUCUCUUUACCACGCCGUCUGAGAAUUCCAGAUAGUAAUUCCUUGUCUGAGCCAGAAGACCUCAAACGUGAAAUUUGGCGGAUAGACAAAGAUGAAUUUAGUUCUUCAUUUGCCAUAAUGAGACUCAACCUUGUCCAACUAUUUGCUCAGAAUCCACAAAAAUCUCAGCUACGGAACUUGAUUGUUGAUCUUGAGGCUCCCAGGUUUGAUAGCGGAGGGAUGUUUAGCCAAGAUCCCGCACUAUCAUACAUACGGUCACUGCCAAGUUUGAACAGUGACCAACAAAGAUCAUUGCAUAAAAUUUUAGGGGCAAAGGAUUAUGCUCUAAUAUUAGGAAUGCCCGGAACAGGCAAAACAUAUACAAUGGUGCACGCUGUGAAGUCAUUAUUGAUGAGAGGAGAAUCUAUUUUGCUAACUUCAUAUACUAAUUCGGCUAUUGAUACUCUGCUCAUGAAGUUGAAGAGUGAGGGUGUAGAUUUUAUUCGGAUCGGAAGGCAUGAAGCUGUACAUCCUGAUGUCAGGGAUCACUGCUUGUCAACUGAGGUACAAUCGGUGGAUGCGAUUAAAGCAAGGAUGGAUCAAGUGCAGGUUGUUGGAGUUACUUGUUUGGGAAUGUACCAUCCCUUAUUAGCACACAAGAAGUUUGACACAUGUAUCAUGGAUGAAGCUGGGCAAAUCACAUUACCGGUGUCACUGGGACCAUUGAUGCUUGCAACUAAGUUUGUUCUAGUAGGAGACCAUUACCAACUUCCUCCACUUGUCCAGAGCUCUGAAGCUCGAGAAAACGGGAUGGGUGUUAGCUUAUUUUGGAGGUUAUCAGAAGCACAUCCUCAGGCAAUCUCUGCACUGCGGUGCCAGUAUCGCAUGUCAUCUGGUAUCAUGGAGCUGUCAAAUUCAUUGAUUUACGGCAAUAGGUUGUGCUGUGGUUCAUUGGAAAUUGCAAAUGCCAAACUCAAGUUUUCUGGUAGAGAAACAGUGCAAUUGAAGUUGAAAGAGAUCUUGAACCCUGAUAGGGCUGUCAUCUUUGCCAACACAGAUCAAAUCCCAGCACUUGAGGCAAAGGAUCACAGAACUGUGAACAAUCCCACAGAAGCACACAUAAUUUCUUGGAUCAUCAAAGAAUUGCUAAGGAGAGGUGUACCUCAAGAUGAUAUUGGUAUCAUAACCCCAUACAACGCCCAAGUGAAUAUCAUCCAGCAAUGCACUGAUGAUUUGGUUGAGGUUCACACAAUAGAUAAAUACCAGGGUAGGGAUAAAGAAUGUAUAAUAGUAUCUUUUGUGCGCUCCACUGCAAAUUCCAAGGCUAGUGGUGCUUCGUUGCUUGGUGAUUGGCACAGGAUCAAUGUUCUAUUGACACGUGCAAAGAAAAAGCUCAUCAUGGUUGGAUCACGUGGAACACUUUCGACGAUACCUUUGCUGAGGCUUCUUGUUGACAAGGUAGCUGAGAUUGGUGGCCUGUUGGACUUGACAAAUAAUGAUGUGCAUUCUCUUCGAGAACUUAGAGGUUCUCGUUUGAAUGCACAAUAGAUUGUGCUACAGAUGAAUUUUGUAGGUUUUGAGGCUAACCUGUAAAUAUGUUGUAAAUUUUUCUUUUGGAAAUGUAUAGGAAGUGUAGUCAAGAACCAGACUGCUAGAGCUUGAGACUUUGAGUUUUUUUAUUUGUAUAGUAAGGGUAUAUCAGGAUACUUUUCUCGUGUAAUGGUUUUGAAUGGUCCCGAGUAAUUAUUGACAGUCUUAA